CUCAGGCGGCAGGAUGGCACUCUGCUGGCACUGCCUCCAACGGGCCCGAGGAUGGAGACCUGCUGCCGGCGCCUCCUGCUGCUGGGCAUUGUGGCCGCAGCAGCCACCGCGGUGGCUUCUCAACACAAGACGCUGAGCUAUGAAGAGGCCAUUGCCCUGGCUGUCGAUUUCUACAACCAAGGGUCAGGCAUAGACCAUGCCUUCCGGCUCCUUAAAGCGGACCCACAGCCUGAGUGGGAUAUGACGUCUAACUCUCGGCAGCAGCUGAAGUUCACGGUUAAAGAGACCGUGUGCCCGGUGUCAGAGAACCUCCACGAGACCAAGUGUGACUUCACAGACAAUGGGGUGGUCAGAGACUGUUCGGGAUCCUUCUCCACCCAGCAGGAGUCGCCCAUAGUCAUCAUCAGCUGCAACACUGUGACCCAGGAGGUAGGACAGACCCCUCUCUCACUGAAUGCCCCAGGGCACAGGAUGGAGACCUGCCUGAAAGUCCUGCUGCUCGUCGGGGUGGUCACAGCAGCCCCCACGCCCUCAUCGUCCCCUCUGCCAACCCACGAGGAUGCAGUUUUAGCUGCAGUUCAGAUCUACAACCUAGAGCCAGGCACAACACUGGGCUAUCGGCUCCUGGAAGCUGAGCCGCAGCCAGACUGGGACGCGUCUUCUAAAACGAUCCAAUCGCUGACAUUCACUGUGAAAGAGACAGUGUGCCUGGUAUCAGGGAACCGCGACCCCAGCCAGUGUGAAUUCAAAGAAGACGGGCUGGUCAAAGACUGCUCUGGAUUCUUCUCCACUGAACAGGACCCUCCUUCCAUCAUUAUCAAAUGUGAGCAGGCGUCUGAGGAGCCUAAUGUCGUCACAAGGAGUCGCUGGAAAAGAUUCUGGAGAAGAACUGGCAAUUUUGUUCGUCGACGUGGUUUGGACAUCCUUGCCACUGGUCUCAAAAUAUUUGGAUAACAAGAUCCAGAAAUA